GCAUCUUUUACCUACGUUUGACUAAUUAGUAGUUACAUCUUGGUAUGAAAGUACCUGACCCUAAUGCAAAUAAAUUACAUGUGAUGCAUCAAUCCCACAGAAGUUUAUGCUCCCUGCGCGACAUUGUAAGCCUAAAAGGGGAACGAGGCCACUUGUUGAGUUGAAGCUAAAGUAGGGGCGGGUAUUUCCACCAUCUUCCUCGGCAACUGACGGCUAUUUUGCCAACCACAUUCCAACAUCCGCAAUAUCUCGAAAAACCAAAAACCCGGGCCACUCAGCCAUUUGCCUUUGGCUCCUGCGUCCGGCCCAUUGUUACCUCAUAGCCAUAAUCCAUCACUAUCAUGUGAUUGGUUGAUUUGCUCCCUGUGAGAAUGGAGGUCAGGAGACAGUCCCGCAACGGACAUGCCACAUACCAGCGUACCUACAAGGCAUGUCUUGCCUGCCGGCAGCGAAAGGCAAAAUGUGAAUUAGGGACAGGGCCGGAUGGUCUUCCAUUAGGGCCGCCGUGUGCGAAGUGCAGGAGGGAGCAAAGGGAGUGUGUGUUCAGUGAGAAAAAGGCAUGGGAAAGACAGAAGAAACGAGGGCAAUCGGAAGAAGGUACACCGCUGUCUGCAAGGACACGUCCUAGACUAUCUAGCAAUCCCGGGAUUAGUAGGGACGAGUCACACCACGUUUUAGGCCACGGUCCGAGUCCACUUAGCUAUGCGGAGCAUGACCAGGAUAAUGGUGAUAGUACACUUCAGUCGUCCCCAGCAGAGGGUAGCCAAAGACGGCGGCAAUCCACCUCUACCUUGGCUAAUUCUAUGAUGCGCACCGUGGUGUCUAGUGGGAACGAUGCUCUCAAUAUCCUUUUCGAGGCCGCGGCCGCCCAUAGUAAGGAGCAUGGUAAUGGUUUAAGCGAGUCGAGUACGCCGUCGCGAAAUGCGCGAAGCUCUACUGGUCGCUCCAAUAACUAUGACAGCUCAUUAAACCAAUCCAUUGUUCCUCCCGAGGUUCUGGCGAAAGCAGCGCAGCCCGUAGAAAUCUCCCAAGCGUCCAAAGAAGUCCUUAGUGUCUGGGGAGCAUGUCGCUUUGUUCGGAUGGGAUGGUUCACUGCGAGAGAGGCUGUCACGUUCAUCGACCUUUUCUUCAAGAAUAUGUCGGACCUGUCCCCGAUAUUAACUGAUUUCUAUGCAGACCAUAAGAAUCAUCGCUGGCUUGUGUCGCACGAUCCAGUUUUAUGCUGUACUAUCUUGAUGAUAUCCUCUCGUUAUCACCUGUUGCCUGGUGCAGGUGGUGGAUCAAGGAACUUUUUCAUUCACCAUCGGCUUUGGCAGCAUUGUCAGCAACUGGUCAUGCGACUUAUGUUCGGGCAGGAGAAAUCUUCGCAGUCUAAGGUUCGGAACAUAGGGACGAUCGAGGCUCUCAUGCUAAUGUCAGAAUGGCACCCCCGAUCCCUCCAUUUCCCUCCAGAAAGUGAUGGCUGGGACUUCGACCUCACGUCAGUUCCCCCGGAGCCGCAAGAGCUAGAGGAUCCGUCUUCUACCAAUCGAUGGCUGGAGGAUAUGAUUGAGCCAGCACGACGAUCAGACCAGAUGUCUUGGAUGCUACUGGGCUCAGCUUUGUCUCUUGCGCACGAACUGGGUAUCUUCGAGCUUGAUGAGAAGAAGCUGGGUUAUGCGUCUGGUUACGAGGGAUUUAUAUCUGGGGAACAGAUCAAACUUCGCAGGCAGCGGGUGCAGCGGUUGUUAUAUGUAUAUAUCAAUCAACUCGCAUGGCGAAUAGGCUGCGUAUCGCUUAUGCCACAGAGCCUGAACCAUGCUGUCCUAGGGCGGCGGGCGACAAAAGAGCUAAAUCAAUCCGGUGAUGAAUGGCUGAUUUUUAUGGAUUCCUGGAUGGAUCUGACGAAAUUGGCAAAAUCGGUCACUGAUAUGUUCUUUCCGACCGUCUCGUUUGCCAGGCAGCAAUUGCAUAGUGGACGGUAUAUUGAAUUGCUGGAUCAUUUUCGUCCGAUACUGGACAAGUGGAAGGAAGAACAUCUCCAAGUACGAUCACUCAAGAAACAGUACUUUGAUAUCCUCUUCAUCGAAUAUCAUUUUGUCCGAGUCUAUACGCAUUCCGUCGGAAUGCAAGCAGUGGUGGAGCGGGUGCUCGCGGACAGCGAUCCUCACGCGGAAGAGGUCCGCGCGCUGAACAUUGACCCGAUUGACUACGAAUACAUUCAGGAAGUUAUUGAUGGAUGCUGUCAGAUACUACAAAAGGUAAUCCAACUGGCUGAGAAUGGGGUAUUACGAUUCUGCCCCGUCCGGAUAUUCCUCCGUAUCACGAGCUCGUCCAUCUUUCUCAUGAAGGCUCUUAGUUUGGGAACACGCCAAUCGACGCUGCGAGAGUCAUUGGAUGUUCUCGAGCGGAGUAUACAAGCGCUAAGGUCAAACGCCUUGGAUGAUAUCCAUUUGAGUACUCGCUAUGCUGCGCUCUUAGACAUGCAUGUCGCACGUUUGCGGCGGAAUCUACUGGCAUCAUCAAAGACUGUCAAGAGUAACCAGGGAACAGCCUCAAGACCUUCCAUGGGUGUCCCAUCGAGCACCGAUCACAGUAACAAUACACCUAUGAUGGAUAUUUCGAUGUCUCAAAACAUGUCUGAUAUGGGGUACAUCCCGUCCCUCAACGAUGUCGCGGCUGAUGAUUGGCUUUCUUUGCCAUUCGACCCAUCGAUGGCACCGUUUGGUAUCAGUAGUGCAGGACAAUUCCCUGCAUAUGAAGGAGGUGCUUUGAACUUUAUUUGGAAUUUGCCGUCUUGAGUUCUCUCAAGAUAACGCUUGCCACAUGACGUGGAACGUAUGUACAUAGAUGUGAAUAUCCUUCCUUGGGUUUUGGAUAAAUUUUUGAACCAUGGGCUGUUCUAGCAUAAUGCCCAAUAGAAAGCAAGGCCAACAAGGUUUUCUUUUCCAUUGCUUUGCCACAGAGUAUCGAGACUACGGGAAAAGUCGUAGUUCUUCCAUGCAUCGCGAGAAAAGUUUGUUUUGAUACGAGCGGAAACCGGGGGUGUUAUCUGCACGUGAUCUCAUUCCCCGUCCGAAGUCACGUUUUCCGGGCGAAAAAACGCCAUCUAAAAAGAUUGCUGCGAUCCGCCAACUUGCUCCAUCGCCG